AUGGCCCGUACAUCUCUGCGCAAAAGACAGGCAGUCAGCUACAACGAAGACGACAACGACGACGAGAUGCCCAAGGUGACCAAGGCCGUCGCGGCCGCGGGCAAGGCGAUUGAGAAGACAAAAGGGGCCGUCGCGAAGGCUGUGACCAAGCGAAAGGCCGAGCCGGAACCAGAGAUUGACGCCCCGGCGCCGGCGGCAAAGGUGACCAAGAAGCGCAAGACCAAGAAGGAGGAAGACUCUACGCCGCUCGCGGAUCGGACGGCUGUUUCUUCGCUCAAGCCUGCUAUGCAUAUUGGUGCUCACGUCAGUGCCGCAGGAGGUGUACAAAACUCUGUCACCAACGCCAUCCACAUCGGCGCCAACGCCUUCGCCCUCUUCCUCAAGUCGCAGCGCAAAUGGACCAACCCUCCCCUCGACCCCUCAGCCAAGAGCCAAUUCAUCUCGCAAUGCAAGCACCACGGCUACAGCGCCGCCGAGCACGCCCUCCCGCACGGCUCGUAUCUGGUCAACCUGGCACAGGCCGACGAGGAAAAGGCCAACCAGGCGUACACCAGCUUCCUUGAUGACCUCAACCGAUGCGAGCAGCUGGGCAUUCGGCUUUACAACUUCCAUCCCGGGUCGACGGGCGGCGACAGCAGAGCUGCUGCGAUUGGACGUAUCGCGGCGCAGUUGAACAAGUCUCACAAGGCCACCAAGACAGUUAUAACUGUUCUUGAGAACAUGGCGGGGAGUGGCAAUGUCAUUGGGUCGACCUGGGAGGAUUUGAGAGACAUUAUCGCCUUGGUCGAGGACAAGGAGCGAGUAGGCGUCUGUAUCGAUACCUGCCAUGCCUUUGCUGCUGGGCAUGACUUGCGGACGCCCGAAGCUUUCAAGAAGACUAUCGACUCUUUCAACGAUAUCGUCGGCCACAAGUACCUCAAGGCUUUCCACCUCAACGACAGCAAAGCCCCCUUUAACUCCAACCGUGACCUCCACGCCAACAUCGGCACCGGCUUCCUCGGCCUGCGUGCCUUCCACAGCAUCAUGAACCACGCCCCCUUCGCCGGCAUGCCCAUGGUGCUCGAGACGCCCAUCGACCGGCCAGGAUCCGACGGCAAGCCUGUUGAGGAUAAGAAGGUCUGGGCCGACGAGAUCAAGCUCCUCGAAUCGCUCGUGGGCAUGGACGCCGAGAGCGAAGAGUUCAAGCAGUUGGAGGAGGAGCUGCAGGCAAAGGGGGAGACAGAGAGGAAUAAGAUACAGGAUCAGGUCGAUCGCAAGGCCGUCAAGGAUGCGAAGAAGGGGACGAGGGGGAAGAAGGGGGCAAAGAAGAAGAAGGACGAGUCCGAUGAGAGCGAGUAA